CGGGACGGAGUGUGCUGCAUCAGAGCCAGACAAAUUUUAUGCCAAAAAAGGAAACGUCGUCGUGUGUUGUUGCAAAAGAGCGUUUAGUGCUAGCGAAAGCCGACAAAGUUGAGUGUUUUGUUAGCGAAAAAUACAGCUCCACUAAAACGGAGAGCGACGCGCUGUGGUGACCGUCUGUUUCGUGUGAAUUUAACGCGAUUAGUGGUGUUAUUUUUCCGGUGCGAGGAAGUACCGAUUGUUGUUGGAAAACGGUGAAUUUUCUGCUUUUGCUUGUUACUUUUGCUUGGAUUGAUCGCAGCAGCCUUGUUUGGAACCGGUUGGAGGAACAAAACCAUGGCCUACUCGAACAAAUUCAUCUACGCCACCCUGCCGCGAACGCAGCGGGGUCAACCGAUCGUGCUAGGCGGUGAUCCCAAGGGCAAGAACUUCCUCUACACCAACGGUCACUCGGUGAUCAUCCGGAACAUUGAUAAUCCGGAAAUUGCCGACAUCUACACGGAGCACUCGUGCCAGGUUAAUGUGGCGAAGUACUCGCCGAGCGGAUUCUACAUCGCUUCCGGUGACCAGUCCGGUAAGAUCCGCAUCUGGGAUACGGUCAACAAGGAGCACAUUCUCAAGAACGAGUUCCAACCGAUCGGGGGUCCGAUCAAGGACAUCAGCUGGUCGCCGGACAGUCAGCGGAUCGUGAUUGUCGGCGAAGGAAGGGAACGAUUCGGCCAUGUAUUCAUGGCUGACACGGGCACCUCGGUUGGCGAGAUCUCCGGCCAAUCUAAACCGAUCAACUCGUGCGAUUUUAGACCGGCUAGACCGUUCCGGAUCAUUACCGGCAGCGAAGACAAUACGAUUGGAGUAUUUGAAGGACCACCAUUCAAGUUCAAGAUGACCAAGCAGGACCAUACCAGGUUUGUACAAGCGGUCCGCUACUCGCCAAGUGGUCAUUUGUUUGCCUCGGCAGGAUUCGACGGUAAAGUCUUCCUGUACGAUGGAACUACCUCAGAACUGUUGGGUGAGAUUGGAUCCCCAGCACAUGGAGGAGGCGUUUACGGCGUUGCAUGGAAGCCAGAUGGAACUCAGCUGUUAACUUGCUCGGGUGAUAAGACCUGCAAGUUGUGGGAUGUUGAAAGCCGUACGUUGAUCAGCGAGUUCCCGAUGGGAUCCACGAUCGACGAUCAGCAGGUGUCUUGCCUAUGGCAAGGCGAGCAUCUACUUACCAUUUCGCUAUCCGGAUUUAUCAACUACCUCGAUGUUAACAAUCCCACCAAACCGCUGCGUAUUGUCAAAGGUCACAACAAACCGAUUACCGCUCUUACCUUGAGUGACGAUCGCAGCACAAUCUACACCGCCAGCCAUGACGGUGCCGUUACGAAUUGGAACUCCGGUUCCGGUACGAACGACCGUGUUGGAGGUGUCGGCCAUGGCAACCAGAUCAACGAUAUUCGUGCCUCUGGGGAUUUCGUGUACACGGCCGGAAUCGACGAUUCUAUCAAGCAGAUCAUUAUUGAGGGCAAUAAGUAUACCGGCGUGGAUGCUAAGUUAAGCUGCCAACCAAGAGGAAUGGAUAUCCUCAAGGAGGGUAACAUCACCGUAGUCGGUUGUGUAAAGGAUGUGACCGUUCUGCAGGAUAGUCGAAAGGCGUCAUCGAUUCCUAUCAAUUUCGAAUCGAGCGGCGUCAGCAUCAAUGCGGAAACGUUGGAUGUUGCCGUGGGAGGCAGCGACAACAAGGUGCACGUUUUCGGCUUGAGUGGAACGGAACUGAGCCCGAAGGUGGAGCUGGAUCAUUUGGGCCCGGUGACGGACUGCAAGUACUCACCGGACAAUAAACUGCUGGUCGCGUGCGAUGCCAACCGGAAGGUGAUUCUGUACAGCCUACCCGAGUACAAGCCUGCUCACAAACAGGAAUGGGGCUUCCACAACGCUCGCGUCAACUGUGUGGCCUUCUCGCCGAACUCGCUGCUGGUUGCUAGUGGUUCCCUCGAUACGACCAUCAUCAUCUGGUACGUCAACAGUCCCGCCAAGCAUACCAUCAUCAAGAAUGCCCACCCCCAGUCGCAAAUUACCGGUCUGGUUUGGCUCGAUAACGAGACGUUGAUCUCGACCGGACAAGACUGCAACACAAAGGUAUGGAACAUUGCCGAGACUGGCGCCUAAAUGAAG